UCCAUGAGAGCCGACACCUACAGACAAAUAUCCGAGGGGUUCUUGACAACGUUUUAUAUCAGUUCAGCAGUCUUAUCACUUCCGGAGUAUAUGGCGCCAUAGCGAAUCUUACAUUCGAAUGCGAACACCUCCCCUGGAGCACCACUAGCCUCGCUAUACUUGCGCCCAGCCAUGUCCCAGAUCCCCGCGAGGAACAUGAGCAGCCCACCCCCAGGGUCUCCGAUCCAAGACUCUUCAAAUCUAACAGAAUCUGGCGUUAUAGUGGAUGUCCCACAAGGUUCGCGGCCGGAGAGCAGUCAAGAGAACGAAACUAAAACGGAUGCGCCUGGUCCCUUCGAAUCCGAGAGGGCUGAACCUCGGCACUGUUGGAUUUGCCUCCAAGACGAGGGCGACGACUCGCCAGAGCACUCACAAUGGCGGUCGCCAUGCCCUUGCAAUCUUCAAGCCCACGAGGAGUGUCUACUAGAAUGGAUUACCGACAUCCAGGCGCAGCCAUCUGGGGGGACGAGUAUGAGCAAGAAGGUGUUAUGCCCGCAAUGCAAGUCUGAAAUCAAGGUGGAAAGGCCAAUCGAGCUUGUAGUCGCCGUUACGGACCUUAUUUCCGCCAUAGGACAACAACUGCUUUUCCCAACUGGGGCAGGCAUGCUGCUUGGAUGCUUAUACUCUGGGUCUAUGGUGUAUGGGUUCAACGCUAUAGAGCUGGUAUUCGGUGGGGAGGAGGGCCGUCGGAUGUUAUUCGCAGCAAGAGAGACCCCGUCAUUAAUCCGACAGAUCCUUCCAGGCGCUGUCAUAGAUUGGUUCUUUACAGUCCUGAGAAUGACGGAUCCGUUCGUACCUACUUCGGGUGGUACCUGGGUCUUUGGAGUCGCACCUUUAAUUGCCCCUGCGCUUCUCCUGUCUCGCACCCACAUCGCGGACCGCACAUUCUCGAUGGUGCCCCUAAUGUACCUUUUGUUUCCCGUAAACCACCAUAUCCCACACUGGCCGCCGUCCCCCGGCCUCGCCCUCGCCACCCUCCCAUACAUACGCUCUGCCUAUAACGAGCUGUACUCCUCCCUUUUUGCGGACCUCGAGAAUGGCUGGAACCUCGCUGUCCAGCGUAGACCGCGCGAAGGCGAGACCGCCGAAGACGUCGCCCAUGGACAGCACGCCCGCGCCGACGAGGGCAACAUUCUAGAUUUCGAAGUGGAAAUCAUCAACGUUGAAGAGGGGCAUGGCGCACUGAACCCACCUGCGGGUCCGCCCCCGCAUGUAAUCAACCUGGGUGUUCCUGAAGCGCAUGGUGCACUGAACCCACCUGCCGGCCCGCCCCCACAUAUAAACCUCCACCUGGAUGCCCCUGAAGGGCAGCCGCAGAAUGUAGAGAUGCCCAACCAACCGCAGGCUGAGGAACCACAGGGAGAACCGCAACAAGCUGGAGCUCAACAGGAAGGGCAACCGCCACCACCACUGGCAGGUCAGCCUGCGCCGCCUAAUGGGGUCCCAGCAGCGGGUAACGAACCCUGGGAGUUUAGGCAGAACAUAUCGACGGCGCAAGUAGCGCGCUCUAUGAUCGGUGCGCUCUUCUUCCCAGCCGUCUCGUCGCUCAUGGGAGACUUGAUUUUCCGCACUGCGCCGUCGACCUGGGUCAUGAAGCCGGUGAAGAAAUUUAGCUUGCAGCAGCUGCAAGCGACGGGGCUGCUACAGGAGAAGUGGGGCAGGAGCAUUGUGGGGGGUUGCUUGUUUGUGGUGCUUAAAGAUGCACUGACUCUGUACUGUAAGUGGCGCAAGGCGAAGCAUCAGGGGAAGAGGAAGGUGCUGGAUUAUGAUAGGGGUAAGAAUGGGAAGAAUGGAAAUAAUGGGAAGAGGCAGGCUGCAAGGUAGCGGUGGCGGAGAUGAGCAUGAUGAUUGCAUUGAUGGGAGUUUGGAGGCAUUUCUAGGGAGUUACAUAGGGUUGGAUUCAGAAGUGGCAAACCUAUGGGCAUUUAUAUGCCUCAAUUAUAAUACCUUGGGCCCUAGAAGGAUUUUAUACAGAAUACAACAGACAUCACUUGUUAAGAGGAUAUGGGCGAGUGUAACUAGUACAAGUCUCUGGGCCAUUCAUAUAAUCAAAGGAGUCACAAUCAUGAUUGAAGACGGCAUGUGAGUAGCUGAAAUGUGCGGAUCAGCUCGCUUUCAUUCGUCAGCAAGUCCUAGUUCCAAUAUACCAGCCUCGCUAAACAGAUACAACAGCCGCAUCCGCAGCCAUGGAGGUAAGAGUUAACACCAAAGGUAGCAAGUGCAGAAAUAGCCG